CUGACCCGCCCUGCUGCCCCGGGGGCUGUCCUACCUGACAAGAGCGGACCCCGGGCAGAGUUGCUGUGAUGUCUCCGGUGGUGAAGUCUCUGGUGUGGCCUCAGCCCGCACCCUGGAGAGUCGCCCGCAGUGCCGACCUCUCCCCAUCUUUAGAUCCUGUGGUGGCACCAAGCACGAGUGACGCAGGGGAUACCAGCAGCGGCAGUGGCCAUCCAGAGUAUGUUGCCUUUAUCUUAGUCCCCAUUUUUUUCAUCAUGGGUCUGACGGGAGUUCUGAUCUGUCACAUUCUCAAGAAGAAAGGAUAUCGCUGCACUACAGCAGAAGCUGAGGAAGGGGAAAAAAUCUCAGCAGAAAAGAUAGAGAUGCAAGAUGAAGCUGGAGACACGACUAAUGACACAGUUGGACAUAUUGUAAGCUACAUCAUGAGAAAUGAAGCUAAUGCUGAUAUUCUGAAAGCCAUGGUUGCAGACAACUCUGUGGUGGGAGAUAACAGCGUGUUUGACCCAGAGACCCCUACAACUCCAAAUACGCCUUUAAGUCCUACAAGCCCGGGUUCACCUAUGUCAACGCCUACUAAACACUCUUGCCAUCUUCACACUAUUGGAGGAGUGGCAGACAAAAAUGUGUGCAGCCGAUGCGCACAGAAACGCUGGAACCCAUUUAAGACUCCACAGAAGUCUAAAGACCCAAAGAAAACCCGUCCUUCUGUCACUGUUCUCUCGGUGGGAAGAUUCAGAGUCACUAAAGUGGAGCCAAAGUCCAAAGAACGGAAGCGUUUAAUGUCUGGGACAGAAGCAUCAAAGGGUGACGUUCCUGCCACACCAGUGAGUGUAGAUACUCGGCAAAGAAGUGGCACAGAAACAGAGGAUCAAAGCACAGUGGAGACUUGAGGUUUA